AUGAAUCAUACCCCUGUGACAGUGUUCAGACCUCCUCCUCUCCCUCAGACCCCUGUGACAGUGUUCAGACCUCCUCCUCUCCCUCAGACCCCUGUGACAGUGGUCAGACCUCCUCCUCUCCCUCAGACCCCUGUGACAGUGGUCAGACCUCCUCCUCUCCCUCAGACCCCUGUGACAGUGUUCAGACCUCCUCAUCUCCCUCAGACCCCUGUGACAGUGGUCAGACCUCCUCCUCUCCCUCAGACCCCUGUGACAGUGGUCAGACCUCCUCCUCUCCCUCAGACCCCUGUGACAGUGUUCAGACCUCCUCCUCUCCCUCAGACCCCUGUGACAGUGGUCAGACCUCCUCCUCUCCCUCAGACCCCUGUGACAGUGACCCCUGUGACAGUGGUCAGACCUCCUCCUCUCCCUCAGACCCCUGUGACAGUGGUCAGACCUCCUCCUCUCCCUCAGACCCCUGUGACAGUGGUCAGACCUCCUCCUCUCCCUCAGACCCCUGUGACAGUGGUCAGACCUCCUCCUCUCCCUCAGACCCCUGUGACAGUGGUCAGACCUCCUCCUCUCCCUCAGACCCCUGUGACAGUGGUCAGACCUCCUCCUCUCCCUCAGACCCCUGUGACAGUGGUCAGACCUCCUCCUCUCCCUCAGACCCCUGUGACAGUGGUCAGACCUCCUCCUCUCCCUCAGACCCCUGUGACAGUGGUCAGACCUCCUCCUCUCCCUCAGACCCCUGUGACAGUGGUCAGACCUCCUCCUCUCCCUCAGACCCCUGUGACAGUGGUCAGACCUCCUCCUCUCCCUCAGACCCCUGUGACAGUGGUCAGACCUCCUCCUCUCCCUCAGACCCCUGUGACAGUGGUCAGACCUCCUCCUCUCCCUCAGACCCCUGUGACAGUGGUCAGACCUCCUCCUCUCCCUCAGACCCCUGUGGACACUGGUCAGACCUCCUCCUCUCCCUCAGACCCCUGUGACAGUGGUCAGACCUCCUCCUCUCCCUCAGACCCCUGUGACAGUGGUCAGACUUCUUCCUCUCCCUCAGACCCCUGUGACAGUGGUCAGACCUCCUCCUCUCCCUCAGACCCCUGUGACAGUGGUCAGACCUCCUCCUCUCCCUCAGACCCCUGUGACAGUGGUCAGACCUCCUCCUCUCCCUCAGACCCCUGUGACAGUGGUCAGACCUCCUCCUCUCCCUCAGACCCCUGUGACAGUGGUCAGACCUCCUCCUCUCCCUCAGACCCCUGUGACAGUGGUCAGACCUCCUCCUCUCCCUCAGACCCCUGUGACAGUGGUCAGACCUCCUCCUCUCCCUCAGACCCCUGUGACAGUGGUCAGACCUCCUCCUCUCCCUCAGACCCCUGUGACAGUGGUCAGACCUCCUCCUCUCCCUCAGACCCCUGUGACAGUGGUCAGACUUCUUCCUCUCCCUCAGACCCCUGUGACAGUGGUCAGACCUCCUCCUCUCCCUCAGACCCCUGUGACAGUGGUCAGACCUCCUCCUCUCCCUCAGACCCCUGUGACAGUGGUCAGACCUCCUCCUCUCCCUCAGACCCCUGUGACAGUGGUCAGACCUCCUCCUCUCCCUCAGACCCCUGUGACAGUGGUCAGACCUCCUCCUCUCCCUCAGACCCCUGUGACAGUGGCCAGACCUCCUAA